AUGCGAUCUCACGGGCAACACUACGACUUUUCGAAUUACAAUCUGGAUCACGAGUUAUACGAUCCAACCAAUAAGGAAGUGAUCGGUACAUUUAAAGACGAGUUUGGAGCAGAGUGUUCAAGCCCGCAGCCCCUUGGUAUGGAGGACGGGACAAUCCAAGAUAAACGAAUCACGGCGUCCAGUAGUUACAGCUGUUGCCCUGCCAGUGAGGCACGCCUCGACGACAACGGAUGGGCAACCUCAAGUGUCGACGCCAAUCCCUGGAUCGAGGUGGACCUCGUUCAGAGUACAGUGGUGAGUGGGGUCAUCACACAAGGCGACGGCCGCGGCACUUGGUAUGUGAAGAGGUACGUGGUGGCGUAUCAGAAGCAGCCCUCAUCUGACUAUGAACACGUUAAUAGAAACGGAGACAUCAAGGUGUUCAUCGGUAACACUGAUGGCAACACCCCGGUCACUAACCUUGAUUAG